CGAGCGAGAAAAGCUGGAAGAAAUACCGCGUGGUUUCGCCAGAGCCAUUUCCUCUUCCUUCCGCUCCUCCUCUUCUUUUUUUUUAAUAAUAAUUAUUAUUACUAUCAUUUGAUUAAAUGCCUGGAGCGAAAUCUCCUCCCGCGUCGCCUCCUCUUUGCAAUCUGUGGCAUCUGAACUUUGCACACGCUCAGGGGGCGCUCCCCGUAGCUUGAUUGCUCCCGAAGUCGCGGAGGUAGGAAGCGGUCAGAAGAACGGCGGGGACUGGGCGGCCCCCUACCCCACCCCUCGUUCUUCGCUUUGGGGGCGUGUGAGGAGGAGGAGGAGGACGAUGAAGGCGUGAAACCCUAAAAAAAAAGUCAGAAGGCAGCGGACAAGGAAGACGGGGGGACCGACACGAUGACCACCAAGGCGAAGAGGAUCAAAUUUUCUGACGAGGAGAAGUUCUUGAUCCUAGAAGAAUUCGCUCUCCGCAAAGACAUCCUGAUCGCAAAGAGCGGCCGCUGCAGCAACACCACCGACCGCCAACGAGCGUGGGAGGAGAUCGCUGCGGCUGUCAACUCUCUGAACCCGCUGAUACAGCGCACGCCAGAAGAGAUCCGCAAGAAGUGGAAGAACAUGGUAGUGGAUGCCCGCAAAGGGCUGACAGUGGAGAAGCAUCCUUUGCUGAGGAGGCAGCCCCGGGAGCGUCUCUUCCACAAUAUCUUUGCUCUCCUCAAUCAGACGGACAACGCACUGCCCAACCCGUUGCUUUAUGGCUGCAGGUUGAGAAACGAGCCUUCAGGCAGCCCUCCCGGGAGUGCGUCGCCAACACGCAGGACCGAGGUGCCGUCAGGCUCACCGUGCAUUUUGUAUCUCCGCAGCAACAGCCACUACCAGCAGCCUUGCAAGAUCGAGGCUCUCCGAGACUCCAAAGCCAGCAAGGAGUCUCUGCGGAUUGAAUCGCCAAGGCAGAACCUUGGCGCAAUUGCACCGCUGCAAUACGGCGAGGGGCUCGAUUGUCAUACAGAGGGAUGUCAAGAGAGUGAGGGAAAGGCAUUGGGAGAGCCCUGCAAGGGUGUCUCGUUGAACUGUGUUCAUCACGCGGAUGAGCCACACCAUGGACAAAUCCCCAGGAUGCAUCUGCCCCUGAGCCAUGAAUCCGGGGGGUCUGGUGUUUAUAGAAUUCCGGGACCCAGGAUCUGCUCAUCCGACCUCACUCUGACUUGUAAGCUUGAGCGCCCCCUAAGCCCUGUGCAGGAAUGGCCUUGCCUCAGGGCAGCUUGCAGCCCCCUGACACAAAGCAGUGGUAUCAGCAGCUUGGGUCCCGAAAGCACCCACUCCUCAACAGAUGAUAACGCUGAAGAUUCGCAGCCUGACCAGAGGGGUUGCAACAUGCCAACCGGAGGGCCUUCGAGAGAGCUUUCGGAGAAGCAGAGCCGGCUAUAUGCAGAGGUUCUGGAGUUGCAGAAGGAGACCCUGCAGCUACAGAAGGAAAAGAUCCUCUUGGAGAAAGAGAAACUGUUGCUGGAAAUCCUCAAGCUCAGACGUGAGCUGGGCAUGUGAACAGGUUAACUGGGAAGUUCUCUUCUCUAAUGGCGCUUUGCGCCAGGUCCUUGACACAGCUUAGACAGAGGGAGGGAAGGGCUUAGAGCCAGACUCAGUGCGGGAAUGUGUGAAAUAAUCACCAUCGCCGUGCCUUUGAGCAUGCACAGAGUGCCUUCUUCAUCACCAAGCACCCACCAAGCACCGCUUGGCAUUGGGAUCAGGCUUAAAUCCUGGCACCUCCCGCCUCUUUAGCCCACGGAAUCUGUGGCCCUCCAAAUAUUGUUGGACUAUAGCAUGCAUGAUCCCUGACCAUUGGCCAUCAGCAGUCAUUGGCCAUCCCUGACCAUUGGCUGGGGCAGAUGGAGUCCAACAGCCCUAGAACAGGGAUGGUGAACCUGUGGCUCUCGCUAGACUCUUAAUUCCCAUCAGCCUCAGCCAGUGCGGUCAAGGGCCAGGGGCGGCCCCAGGCUUCCCCCCCCCCGCCCCCGCCCUAUCUAAAUGUGCUAUACUGAGUCAGUCUGUUGAUUCUUCCAUCCCAGUAACUGUCUUCUCAGACUGGCAGCCAUUUUCCAGGGUCUCAUUCUUUCUGAGUCCUCCUGCAUAGGAGGAAGGACCAGAGCUCAUCUCUUGCACGCAGAAGGUCCCAGAUUCGACCCUUGGCGUCGUCUCUAGCUGCUGUUUUUACAGGAUCAGGUCACAGCAAAGACGUCUGCUUGAAAUGGUCAGUCAGAGCAGUGGGUAGAUCAGGGACGGGGAACGUGGCGCUCUAGCUUGUGGUUGGGCUCCACCUUCCAGCAUCCCUGAUCUUUGGCCAGGAUGGCUGGGGCAGAUGGUGGCGCUGGAGCCCAGAAACAUCCUGGAGGAGUGGAGGCUGCCCCAUUGGGGCAGUGUCCCGCCAACCUCAGCCUGUCCGCAGCCAGCCCUCAGCUGCCUGCCUUUCUUGCAAUCAGCCCUGGUUUGUGGCCCUGCCUGUCAUCUCAGUGUUGCCCUAGUACGGAGGAGAGGAUGGGGACAAGACUAGAAUGAGCUGGCUCUGUCUGUCAUUGGCCCAGGCUCCUCCCACUGUGGCUCUCCCUCCCUUCCGCCCUAUUAGUAUCAAUGGGCAGCAGCCACCACUGAUCUGGAGGGCCAAAGGUUCCCAUCCCUGGUGUGGAAAAAUAAGGGGCAAGAUGGACCUGAUAUAAGGCAGUUUGGUAUGUACCUGAGACCCUUUUAACUGAAGGUCCUGGGGGUUGAAUCUAGGCUCUUCCUGUGUGCAUGUGUUUCAUGAGCUAUAGAACUCAUGGAUGCAUGUGCGCCAUGAGCUAUAGAACUUCCUGCAUGCAUGUGCAUCAUGAGCCAUAGAAUUCCCCCCCCCUUCAAAAAUGGGUCAAUGAGUGGCUGGAGGAGGGCCGCAUUCCCCUUCUGAGCGACCUUCCGAGGGCCUUGUGGCAGCAGUGGGCAGGGCCAGAGGCAAAAGUGGGCGGGGAAGGAGAUGAUACUCUUUACUUUGUGCAGGAGGCUGCACCCCGGUCGUGCAAAAGUCAGAGGUUUCUAAAGAUAUGAAGGCCCAGAAAAAAAACUGGGGGGGGGGGGAAACGGUGGGAAACUCUGUGUGUGUGUGUGUUUUUGCCCAGUCUUUCCAGGCCUUCACAUCUCUAGUUUCUACACAACUGUGCUCACACCCACCUCUCCAUCCAGGCAAGCGAGAAGCAUUAGCACAGUUCGAGGACAUGUUCCAGCUAGGCUGCCCAUCAAAAAAGGAAGUUGUGGAGCAAAGCAAGUGAAUGGGGUAGCCUGGGGGUGGAGGUGGCCUAGGGAGAAUUCCGAGGUCCAGACAGAGAGGCCUGGGGGGCCACUUUCACUCCCCCCCCCAGCCUGAGAUUCUCCACCCCUGUUAUUGCAUUGGCAGAACAGUCCAUUAUGUGGACAAGCCUAUGCGCAUGCACAUUAAAUACGUGGUUGUCCGAGCGGGAGGGGGGAACAUGGCUUGGCUUCCCUCUCAUGCAGUCAUGGAAUGUGUUUGUGGGGGGGGAAUGGAGGUAUCUGCCUCUUGACCUUAUUUUAAAAGCAUUGGCUGAUCCCUGAAAAUUCUCAUCCUAAUAAACAAGAGAGGAUAAACACAA